CUAAGGUCCCAGCAGGGAGCGAAUGGGAGCGCAGUCAUAUCACAAUUAUCCGCGGCACGGCUCCUAUCGUCUGAUACCGAGGAGGACAGAGAGAAGGAUUAAAGAGAGACUUAACAGUGUCGCAACGGACCAAACGAAACUCUUUUAUUUUCUUUAAACUCCGGCUGGCCACGUUCCUCAGCUCCACUUUGAUUUGGACAUAUUCAGAAGACCCCGACGCGCUCCGUGGAGGGAAAAUAGGUCUGCAAAGACCCGGACUGGUCUAUCAUCACACCCUCCCUAUCUGAUCUCCAGCUGAGAGGAAACCACAGCCAGGAGUCGGGACGCGCAGGGAACACACCCCAUUCUCCAGGAGACGAGGACGUCUGAGUUUUGACCGUCACCAUGUACCAGUUAUCCUCCAACCAGUCUCAUUACGCUCACGACAGCGGGAGCUACCUCCACCCCGCCGCCAGCUCCCCUGUCUACGUGCCCACCACCCGGGGGGUCCCGUCGCUGCUGCCCACCCUGCCCUACCUGCAGAGCUGCGAAGCCCCCCACCAGCCCCACGGCCUGGGGGGGCACCACGGUUGGCCUCAGACCGGGACGGACGGCUCAUCCUUCCCCCCCAACAGUCCUCACCCUCCUCCCGGCUUCUCGUACUCGCACAGCCCGCCUGUCAGCAGCAGCACGGGCCGGGACCCGUCCUACCACCAGAACUCCUUGGUCUUCAGCUCCCGGGCCUCGGCGGGGGGGCCCUACUCCGGGGCAUACGCCUACAUGGGCCCGGAGAUGGCCGGCUCCUGGAGCCCGGGACCCUUCGAGAACGGGCUCCUCAAUCUGGGAGGCCGACAGGGGGGCCUGUCGGGGAGGAGGUCCAGUCUCGAACUGAUGGACGAGAUCCCGGGCGAGGGCCGCGAGUGUGUGAACUGCGGGUCGAUUUCCACCCCGCUGUGGCGGAGGGACGGGACGGGGCACUACCUGUGCAACGCCUGCGGGCUCUACCACAAGAUGAACGGCAUCAACCGGCCGCUCAUCAAGCCCCAGAAGCGCAUGGUAACUGAACAAACCACGUCUCGCCGAGCGGGGCUGUGCUGCACGAACUGCCACACCAGCACCACCACUCUGUGGAGACGCAACGCAGAGGGGGAGCCCGUCUGCAACGCCUGCGGCCUCUACAUGAAGCUCCAUGGGGUGGCCAGGCCUUUAGCCAUGAAGAAGGAGAGCAUUCAGACCAGGAAACGCAAACCCAAGAUGCCCAAGAACAAGACUUCCAUAGGGGGCUCGGCAGUGUCUGACUCCAGCCCCCCGCCCUCCUUGUCAGAACAAGCCUCCACCAUUAAGAGUGAACCCAGCAUGGCGCCCUCGCCCUACGCCGGCCAGACCGGCACAUCUGUCACUCAGCAGACGUCCUCUCAGUUGGACAGCGCCGUCUCAGGACACAUGAAGUACGAGGAUUACCCCUACACUCCAAUCAGCCAACAAAACUCCUGGUGCUCUCUGUCCCAAGCCUGAGAACCUGUCCACAGGAGAACGCACAACAAACUAUUCCUGGAUCCUCUCUCUGAUUACAGCCAAACAUCUCCGUCACUCGUGGUUGAAACAUACUCAGAAGUGAAGCAGACUUUCAUCUUCAUAUCAGGACUUGAUGUGACGAGGUGAAUACCUGGCUUCAGCAGACCUCACGCCGUUUCCUUUCUAAGGGCUUUUUUAUUCACAUCUUGGCCGUCAGCUGAAGCAGAGUGCUCCUCAACCACAGCCUUGGUGGCCAAUCAGUAAGAGGCGGACCACACAGACUAUGACUCGACGGGUACAUAUUGUAGCGGUUGAACUGCGAGUUUUGUGUCGAGCUAAAGCUGGACCAUCUGAAGGAGGCAUGGAAGUGGUUCCUAAAAAGUCCUUACCCUUAAGCUAGGGUCCAACAUAACACUACCUAAAUAUCAACCGCCUAGCUAGAGAAAAGACCACAAGACAAUCAAACGGUUGGGGCCAGUCGUCCUUACAGCGUUUAGUCAGAGCCCCCGUUUCAUUCUCUAAAGGUUCUUCUCUUGUUGAAGGUGCUCGCUGUUAUAGCUGUCAAUAGUUUUUACGCAAUGCUUCCCCAGAAGAUAAUCAAAGUCUAAUACAAUAUGUUAUUGUCAUCAGCAAUGUUAACAAGCUAUGGGAGGGGAGGGGGACACCUUUCUUUAUUGCUGCUGAGUAUGUGUCAUUACCCACGUGUAGAUGAUUAACCUUUAUAGAUACAUUAUUUAUGUUGAGAUAAGGGCAGUUUAAAGCCAUUGCGUACACGAAAGCGAGCCAAUAAUAACUCACAGCUCAUUCCUGCUGUCUUUCAGCAGCACAAUACGAUUGAUAAUGUAUGGAUUUGAUUUGGUUUGAAAAAACAAAGCACCAUUGGUAUACUGUUACUAUGGUUCAUUUGUAGUUCAUGUCGUCUGUAACAUUACUUUUGAUUCAGAGGUCACAACAUCAAAUCUUUUUCCUAAUUACAUUCUGUAUCUUGAAAACCCUUAAACCCUUGAAGAGAAUAAAGUGCAAUGGGUCCAUUAUUUCCCAAAAGCACAUAAUCAAAUUGGAUUGGCUGUAUUUAGUUGAUAUCUUAAGGGAUUUUUACUGUUAUAAUGUUUUGUGAAAUGUAUAUAAACGGCCAGCCCUCUUAAUCCUCUUUUUGAAAUGCUCUUUACAAUCUAUCAAAGGUUAAUAAACCAAUCCCUAAUUUAUUUUGCAUUCAUUUUAUCACUGGGAGUUUAGCAAAUUUCUGAGCCUAACUGAAUAUAUUUCUCUCUAUUUAUUUAGUUUUUAGCAUCACACUGUGUGGGGGUUGAAUCUAUGUAUUUUCUUGUGAGACGUGUGAAUGUGGAAAUUUCAUUAGUCUUGGUUUUUCCAAUAGCAAUUUGAGCUUUUUUGAUAAUAACCACAUGAAAACAACUGCUUGAUCAAUAAGUGUGCCUUCAUUUUCUGUCGAUUCAUCCUAUAGCUCUGUAAUCUAAAACAUGUCCCCCACCCAUGUAGCGCCCAGCAGCAGCAACAGACAUUAUAUCUGCACUUCUUUGUGUGUAUGCACAAGCAUGGGUACAUAUGUAUUUGUGUGUGUGUUUGUGUGUGUGUGUGUGUGUGUGUGUGUGUGUGUGUUUUGAGGGUGUGUGCUCCUAUUGGUCGCUCAAGCCGACCAAAGGUUAUGUUCCAACUCUUCUUUAUGGCCUAUUGGUCCCAUUCCUGGCUGGCACCGCCGAGGCUGGCCUCCAAAGGAUACACACCCACCCACCCCUCCCCCCUACACACACACACACACACACACACACACACACACACACACACACACACACACACACACACACACACACACACACACACACACACAGUCAGCAUCAGCAAGGUUCCAUUUCUCCAUAGCAACACAGAGGCAUCAACCAGGCCCCUGUAUAUGGCUGUCAGCAGGCAGUGUGUUCCGUCUGCCUUAUUGCUCUGCUCAGGCCAACCCACCUCAUAGGCUAAGGCAAUGUUAUUUUUUAUCGAACAAAUUUUUAUCCACGUCUCAUUUAGUGAUCUUAACUACGAAGAGUUAAGGUACAGAAUUACAAAAAAUGUAUGUAAACUAACAACCUAAUAACCCUUACGUUUCCUGUUCUCAAGUCUUAAUAGUGUUGAAUGUAACCAUCCACACUAUCUCAACACUACUUUCUGCAUGGCAGCAUUCUAUGCCACAUAUGAAUACUAUCACUACUCUAUUUUGACUACUUCCAUACUUUUGUCAUAAUUAGCCAGGCAAGUCAGAUUCAAUGGAUAGUGAGUUCAACUUGAAGCACGUUUUGUUUUUUGUGUCCUCAAUGGAUUCAGCCUAACCCCAACUCCUACCUGCUUCUUAAGGACGUUUCUUUUCACUAUGGGAGAUGUCAUAUUCAGGACAGCUAUUUGAUUGAUUUAUUCCCAAUCCAAUUGACGUCAUGUGACGUCAUGUGACAAAGCGCUAACCACACACACACACACACACACACACACACACACACACACACACACACACAACCAACUCUAUCACACCUUUCUUUCUGUCAGAGCAGAGGGUGGGGCUGAGUGGGCAUUCUCUGCGUGAGCAAACAGACGGGGCCCUCGACACAGAGAGGGCCAGGGGCCCUCCCAGACACAUUUACAUUCAAUCGUCUCUGAAUUGAGUGCAAUCAUUAGAGCCCAGGGACAGUAAAGGUCCCUGGAGUGUGACUGCUGUUUGUGUGUGGUGUUAAGAGAGGCAGAGGGGAAGGUUAAGGGGAGGGUGGACAGGGGGCCUGUUAUCUCAUUCAGACACCCCCCCUCAACACACUCACACACACACACAGACACACACACACACACACACACACACACACACACACACACACACACACACACACACACACACACACACACACACACACACACACACACACACACACACACACACACACACAAACUCACUCAUUCACAUACAAA